UCCACUUGCAACGUAAACAAAAGUCGGAACUCUAUAGCCGGCGAUAUUUUUAGUUUUGAUACAUCGCCGUCAAGUAGUGCCUACACAAAUACAUUACAUAAUACAUAUUUCAUCUAUUCUCGAUUUUAUAUAGGGCCUAUAAUUGUUAAUUAUAUAGCUUUGAUCAGCUGAAAUGACUAAGACAAAGAAAGCGAAAUCUCAGGAUAAAAAUAAAGAUGUUCCUGUGAAACGAGCAAGAGAUGACAGCAAACAAAAUGGAUCUGAGAAGAAAGCCGAGGAGGCCCCACCCAAAAAACAACAGGCCCCUCCCAGUUCCAGCAAGACAAAACAAACCCCAUCAGGCCAGCAGCAGUCCAGCAGAUCACGGUCCAAGCAAAAAUCUACACCGUACUGUAGUUAUUUUCUGGCCAUCCUUGCUGUGGGCAUUUGUGUGUUUGGGGUUGUCUAUAGAGAUCAGGUUCAGGAUGGCGUGGAGCACAUAAUGAAGAAUGGCAUAGAUAUCAAUGCUCUUGAAGUGCAGCUGAGAGAUCUGUUUGGUCAGUCUGAUGAACCAACCCCUGAACUUAAGGUCAAGGCACAAUCAAAGGAGGACAAAGGGCAAACUCAACAGAUAGACAGGAAAGAUGAAAUUUUAAAAGAGAAGGAAAAGGAUGGGAAAAUAACAAAGCCCACUGAGACUAAAAAGGAAGAAAAAGUAGCAAAGCCCACUGAAACUAAAAAGGAUGAAAAAGUAGCAAAGGAACAGCCCACUGAAACUAAAAAGGAUGAAAAAGUAGCAAAGCCCACUGAGACUAAAAAGGAAGAAAAAGCAACAAAGGAACAGCCCACUGAGACUAAAAAGGAUGAAAAAGUAGCAAAGCCCACUGAGACUAAAAAGGAUGAAAAAGUAGCAAAGCCCACUGAGACUAAAAAGGAUGAAAAAGUAGCAAAGCCCACUGAGACUAAAAAGGAUGAAAAAGUAGCAAAGGAACAGCCCACUGAGACUAAAAAGGAUGAAAAUGUAGCAAAGCCCACUGAAACUAAAAAGGAUGAAAAAGUAGCAAAGGAACAGCCCACUGAGACUAAAAAAGAUGAAAAAGUAGCAAAGGAACAGCCCACUGAGACUAAAAAGGAUGAAAAAGUUGCAAAGGAACAGCCCACUGAAACUAAAAAGGAUGAAAAAGUAGCAAAGCCCACUGAGACUAAAAAGGAAGAAAAAGCAACAAAGGAACAGCCCACUGAGACUAAAAAGGAUGAAAAAAUAGCAAAGCCCACUGAAGCUAAAAAGGAUGAAAAAGUAGCAAAGGAACAGCCCACUGAAACUAAAAAGGAUGAAAAAGUAGCAAAGCCCACUGAGACUAAAAAGGAAGAAAAAGCAACAAAGGAACAGCCCACUGAGACUAAAAAGGAUGAAAAAGUAGCAAAGCCCACAGAGGCACAAAAGGAUGAAAAAGUAACAAAGCCCACUGAAACUAAAAAGGAUGAAAAAGUAGCAACACCCACUGAGGCACAAAAGGAUGAAAAAGUUGCAAAGCCCACUGAAACUAAAAAGGAUGAAAAAGUAGCAAAGGAACAGCCCACUGAGACUAAAAAGGAUGAAAAAGUAGCAAAGCCCACAGAGGCACAAAAGGAUGAAAAAGUAACAAAGCCCACUGAAACUAAAAAGGAUGAAAAAGUAGCAACCCCCACUGAGGCACAAAAGGAUGAAAAAGUUGCUAAGCCCACUGAAACUAAAAAGGAUGAAAAAGUAGCAAAGGAACAGCCCACUGAAACUAAAAAGGAUGAAAAAGUAUCAAAGGAACAACCCACUGAGGCACAAAAGGAUGAAAAAGUAGCAAAGCCCACUGAAACUAAAAAGGAUGAAAAUGUAGCAAAGCCCACUGAGGCACAAAAGGAUGAAAAAGUUGCAAAGCCCACUGAAACUAAAAAGGAUGAAAAAUUAGCAAAGGAACAGCCCACUGAGACUAAAAAGGAUGAAAAAGUAGCAAAGGAACAGCCCACUGAAACUAAAAAGGAUGAAAAAGUAUCAAAGGAACAACCCACUGAGGCACAAAAGGAUGAAAAAGUAGCAAAGCCCACUGAAACUAAAAAGGAUGAAAAUGUAACAAAGGAACAGUCUACUGAAACUAAAAAGGAUGAAAAAGCAGCAAAGCCCACCGAGGCACUCAAAGAUGACAAAGUAGCAAAGCCCACUGAGGCACCAAAGGAUGAAAAACCAGCUCAAACAGAGGCUGCUGAUGCAGUAAAACCUGAGGCUAUGAAACAAGAGACUGCAACUGAUGAGAUUAAAGAAAAGGUUGAGGAUGCAGUGGAUAUAAAAAAUUAUAAAUUUGCUUCGAUCACCAAUGAAAUAGACUUUGUAAUUCAUAAAGAUUUAGAUGAAGCUGAUGCACUGUUUAAUGAAGAAAACUAUGAAAAAGCUGUGGAGAAGUAUGACGAAAUUCUGCGUGUCCACACUGCCAGCCCUAGAGCCUACUAUGGUAAAGGUCUAACUCUGGACAAGUUAGGGUUUAAGUACAUGAGCAAUGACUACCUGGAGCACUCCAUCAAGUAUCUGGAGCGUGUCUUGAUGUUGGAGAAAGUUCCAGAUGAUCUUCAUAUUAUGGCUGCCCGUAAGCUGGCUGACAGACAGCAGUUUAGAGGGUGGGGAGCUCAGGCUGUUAAAACCUACAAGGCACUCAGUCAAAAGUUCCCAAAGAAUCUGGAGAUUAAAAAUGCUUUUGGUGUGAGUCACAUGAUGAUUGGACAGAAUGAUAGGGCAAGAGAAGUAUUCAUGGAGGUUUUAAGGAAAGAUCCUCAGAAUGGAUUUGCAAAGGCCCACCUGGGAUUUAUUUAUAAAGUUGAUGACAACAACCUUCCCCUGGCUAUUGAUAUGCUGAAGGAAGGAAUUGACUCCAAGGCGCCAGGAACUGAAGAUGGGAGAUUUUAUCUUCAUCUGGGGGACUCGCUGCAGAGGCUGGGGCAAGAAGCAGAAGCACGUCAUUACUUCAAAGAAGGUGAGAAGAAAGGUCUGUUUCUCUCAGAAUGGCAGCGCUCACUGUACAAUGUGAAAGGUCUGACCUCAAGACCCUGGUGGACUGAGGAACAGACAGGAUAUAAACAUUACUUGAAGCUCCUCCAGGACAACUGGCAGGUGAUCAGGGAUGAAGGUCUGGCCCAGCUCGACCCAAAGAGUGGAUCCUUUGUGCCUGAGGAGGAAAAUUUGAGGGACAAAGGGGACUGGAAGCAGUUCACACUCUUCCAGCAAGGUCGUAAAAAUGGAGGCAACUGCAUGAAGGUCCCAAAGACCUGUGAACUGAUUGACCAAAUUCCAGACGCCAAAGACUGCAAAAGAGGCCAGGUGAAGUUUUCCGUCAUGCAUCCUGGCAUCCACGUGUGGCCCCAUGUUGGACCAACCAACUGUAGGAUUAGGGCCCACCUAGGGCUAGUGGUGCCGGAGGGGCCCAGGAUUCGUGUUGUCAAUGAGACCAGGACCUGGAAAGAAGGGCAGUUCAUCAUCUUUGAUGAUUCUUUUGAGCACGAGGUGUGGCAUGAUGGGAAGGAACUGCGCUUGGUUCUCAUUGUAGACUUCUGGCAUCCAGACCUGACAGAUAAACAAAGGAAACGUUUGUCAGCUAUUUAGUUGGUCAGCUGUUUCAUUCAACAUUUCCAAUUUGCCAGUAAUGUCUGCAUGUUUUAGAAUGUUUUUCCAGCCUGUUUUGAUCAUGUCUGUAUUAUUGCAUGUCAGUAUUUUGCAAGCAAGUUAUUGCACCAGCUGGUAUUUAAAAAUUAAAUUAUUUAUCUGGUGACCUACAUGUGUACAUCUGGCUGGGUAAAAGGGAAACAACUUUUUUAUUAUUUUGUUGAACUUGGGAGUUAUUGCCAAUUUUAUCUAGUUAUGUAAUUCUGGCAACAUUCAUGUAUUGUUUGAGUGUAACUGAGCAAACUUUAAAAAAAAAUGUAAACUUUUGUUUACUUGAUAUUUACAUUGUAUUUACUUUUUGUAAGUUUUAUUAUCAGUUUAGCCAAAUGAAAUCAAAUGAGAUUGAUACACACUGUUGUAGAAAUGAAACAUCAAAAUGUAUUUUGCAACUUGACAAUGUAUAAAUGAAACAUCAAAAUGUAUUUUGCAACUUGACAAGGUAUAAAUGAUACAUCAAAAUGUAUUUUGCAACUUGACAAUGUAUAAAUGAUACACCAAAAUGUAUUUUGUAACCUGAAAUUGCAUGAUAGUAGAGAUGGUUUAAAGAUUAUUUGAUAAGAUUUUACACAUGAAUUAUUCUCCAACCAAUUCAUUCUGUUAGAUCACUUUGAUACUUGUUUAUUUGAUAUUCAUUUUACACAUAUGCUUUGUUUUAACCCUUGUUUACUAACCCCCUUGACAUAAUUUUUUAUGUUCAUUUUUAUGUCGAUUUUUAUGUUUUUAAAAACUAAGUCAUGUACAUAUUUGUUUUUACAUUCAUGAAAGAGUGUUUCAAAAUUGUGCUUGCAUGGACGUUUUUAAGAUUAAUUUUUAAAGAUUGAUUUUUUUAUAUGGAAUAAGUGCUUUGAAAAAUCUAUUCAUUAUCUUAUUAAUUGCAAAUCCUUGAUGAUUCUCUUAAGAAAAAAGUCCCCAGCAUCUUCUGAGUGCCUAGCUCUACUUUCUUAAUGACAGACAGGUACAUUAUCUAGCCUGGCUACACCAUAUGAAAACUUAACCCCUGACCCCUAAUCACCCCCCUCCCUCCCUCCCCCUCACAUAAUACUUUUGGACAUUACAGAUCACUGCGGACUCACACCCUUUUCUCAGGUUAUGCUAAUCACCUGUUUCUUAAUUACUAAUAAUUCAUUGGAUCUGAGAGAUAGUAUGCAUAUAAGUUAUGUUCAUAGAUACUUAAUAUGAACUAGUGGAGAUUGUUUUUUGGUAGAUCUUUGUGUGUGCACGUCUGAAGUUUUAAACCCCUUUUUGGAUUAAUGUUCAUAUUUUUAAUAAUGUUCAGAUUGUUCAUGUUGUUGUGUUAAUGUUCAGAUUGUUGUGUGUUGUAUGUUACCAUACUGCUGAUCUUGUUAUAUGCAUCAAUUUUAUCUUUCAUAUAUUAUCUUUCAUGGAUUAUCUUUCUUGUAUUAUCUUUCAUGUAUUAUUGUUCAUGUAUUACCAACCAUUGUACAAGUAACUAUAGCCGUAUUAACUUCAGUAUUGAGUUCAAAAGUUUAUCUAUUUGUUUCAUAUUGUUUACAGUUGAUUAAUACCUCCUUCAUUCUUACAACACCUAUGAAUGAAAAAAGAAUGAAAAAGUGAUUGCUCAGUUUUUCUCUCAAAUUUUAAGCAAUAUCUAGAUAUUAAUUAAAAUGCAUAUAUUUCAGUCUGAUAUUUGUUACAAAAUGUAUUUCCUUUUCAGAGGUUUAAUCAAAGUUUGUUAUUUACAUAAGUUGACACUUUUUUUUUUACUGCUGGACUAGAAACUUACCAGACUUAUAGUGGAGUUUGUUUUGUUUGUGGUGGAUAUUCAAUCAUUACUGCUGUGGAUAAGGCUUUCAAAAUAACUUUCAUGUAAUUUAAGGUAACUAGAACUGUAUUUAAUGAUUAAGUUUGUAUUUGUGUGUACUUUGUACCAGAGCAUACUGAAGCAGGUUUGCAGUGAAUGUGGGACUUUUAAUAUUGUUGCCUGAGUUGUUUCCCUUUAAUGUUGCUGCCUGAAUUAAUUCCCCUGCACAUAAGAGGUUGUGACAUGAAGUCAAAGAUAUUUUUACAUGAAUGUUAAACAAAGAUGGCUUAAAACAUCUGGCAAAUUUUAUAUUCUGUGUCCAAUUAAUGCUAACCAUCCUGGAAUUAAAUCCCUCAUUAUUAUUGUCAAUUUUUUUUCUGAUAAAAUGUAUCAUAUUUUUUCAUGAAAAUUGGAUUUGUAUUUCUAGAAAAAGAAAUGUUAUAUCGGUCCAACAUAUUUCCAAUGUUUUAUCAUUUUCUCCCCUAUAAUUUUGUUUUAACAGUGUUAAAAAUACAUUAACAUUACAAAUUCUCAUCAAAGUUAUGAUUGAAACCUUCAACAAAAUGGCUGACAUUUAGUUGUUUAGUGUCUCUCUCACAACUGAAUAUUUGUUUGAUUUGUUAGUUAUUUGAUUACAGCAACUUUGGUUAUAAGAUUUGUAAAUUGUUUAAUAGCUACAUAGGAAUAUAUAUGUUAGGUAAUUUUGGUAAAAAGAUUAGUUUGAAUGUAUUUGUUUUUUUAAUUAGGUGAAAAGAUUUGUAUGAAUAUAUUUGUUUUUUAAUUUGGUGAAACAACUUGUUUGCAUAUAUUUUUAAAAAAAAAUGACCUCUACUCUAACCAGCUGGCAGGGGUUUGAACUGUGGCAGGGUUUACUUUUUUUUCCUGCAGCACAGUCUCUCUACACAGACAUACACACACAUAGACACACACACACACGCAUCUGUUACACAGUUGUCCAUUAAUUCGAUAGACAAACUCCCUACACACACACACACACACACACACACAUUUGUUAUACAUUUGUCCCAAAAUUCAUUAGCCCUAAAAAUUCAUGUUUGUUGUUGUUUCAGCCUUUGUUACUGAUGUUUGUUGUUGUUUCAGCCUUUGUUACUGAUGUUUGUUGUUGUUUCAGCCUUUGUUACUGAUGUUUGUUGUUGUUUCAGCCUUUAUUACUGAUGAUUCUUGAUUAACAGCUCAGUAGAAACAUCUGAGUAACUAGAUUUUGUGAUGAUUAUUGUGGAUAUUAGACUUAGAUCUAUUUUCUUCUUCUUCCCAUUGUUAAUGUGUUUGUUAAACAAGUGAUAUUGUGACAUGGAUAAAACUGUUUCAGAUUAAAUUCUAUCUUUGUUUUAAAUUGUCUUGACAUGGAUAAAACUGUUUCAGAUUAAAUUCUAUCUUUGUUUUAAAUUGUCCUGACAUGGAUAAAACUGUUUCAGAUUUAAAUUCUAUCUUUGUUUUAAAUUGUCUUGACAUGGAUAAAACUGUUUCAGAUUAAAUUCUAUCUUUGUUUUAAAUUGUCUUGACAUGGAUAAAACUGUUUCAGAUUUAAAUUCUAUCUUUGUUUUAAAUUGUCUUGACAUGGAUAAAACUCUUUCAGAUUUAAAUUCUAUCUUUGUUUUAAAUUGUCUUGACAUGGAUAAAACUGUUUCAGAUUUAAAUUCUAUCUUUGUUUUAAAUUGUCUUGACAUGGAUAAAACUGUUUCAGAUUUAAAUUCUAUCUUUGUUUUAAAUUGUCUUGACAUGGAUAAAACUGUUUCAGAUUAAAUUCUAUCUUUGUUUUAAAUUGUCUUGACAUGGAUAAAACUGUUUCAGAUUAAAUUCUAUCUUUGUUUUAAAUUGUCUUGACAUGGAUAAAACUGUUUCAGAUUUAAAUUCUAUCUUUGUUUUAAAUUGUCUUGACAUGGAUAAAACUCUUUCAGAUUUAAAUUCUAUCUUUGUUUUAAAUUGUCUUGACAUGGAUAAAACUGUUUCAGAUUUAAAUUCUAUCUUUGUUUUAAAUUGUCUUGACAUGGAUAAAACUGUUUCAGAUUUAAAUUCUAUCUUUGUUUUAAAUUGUCUUGACAUGGAUAAAACUGUUUCAGAUUAAAUUCUAUCUUUGUUUUAAAUUGUCUUGACAUGGAUAAAACUGUUUCAGAUUUAAAUUCAAUCUUUGUUUUAAAACUGCGUUGAUCACCUGGAUGAGCAAUUGAAGGCCUUGUUUGUCUGCAGCCAAUACAAAUGCUAAGUGUUUCAAGUCAGUAACAAGGACACAGGUGAAGUGGUUGGCCUAACAUUGUAUGGUGGGAAAAUGUUAUCAGUGUGACCCUGCACUCUUACUUUAUGAUACUGAUAGGGUACUUACAAUUUGGUGGUAUUUUUUGGUACUUUAUGUGUGUUUAGAAAUAAAAAUGUGACAUUUUGCCUUA